AUGCGGGUGGAAAUUCGUACCAUCGAGUUUUGGAGAGCAGUGAUCUCCGAAUGUCUAGGAACAAUGUUAUAUGUGCUUCUUGGAUGCAGUUCGACUCUUUCGUGCGGCACUACCAUGGAUCCUACGAACCAAAUCGUACUCGUUUCCUUGUGCUUUGGAUUUACUCUAGCGACACUGGUGCAGUGCUUCGGACACAUUUCAGGGGCUCAUUUUAACCCCGUGGUGAGCUUGGCUAUGGUGUUGACGUGUAAAGUGACUCCAUUACGAGGAAUUAUGUACUCCAUUGCCCAAUGUGGUGGCAGUGUUGCCGGGGCAGCUCUUCUUUACGGGAUAACCCCGGAAGUUUGUCACGGACACGGACAAAUGGCAAUCACAUCCUUAAUGCCAGGGCUGAACAUCUGGAAGGCAUUUGGCAUCGAAGCCAUUCUUACGUAUAUCUUAGUGUUCUCCGUCUUCGCUACCAUAGACCCUAAUCGCCGAGAGCUGGGGAGUAAACCGCUGGCAAUCGGCUUGGCAGCCGCUUUGUGCCAUUUUGCCGGGGUAAGUCUUGGCUUUGCUGUUGAUCAUGAUCCGUUGGGUGUAUUGACUCACGAUCUGGCUUAA